AUGAUCUUUUUAAUUGUCAUGCUUCUCUCCAAUGCUUAUGGCCUCAUCAAUUGCAACCCAAAUCUCUGCCCUCCUCAAGCAGUAACUUUUAUGUAGCGAGGUGAUGGAAAUUGCGACAUAAACUGCAUGACAUCCUAUUGUGGUUUUGAUUCUGGAUCAAACUGGAGUCCUGGUGAUUCUCCUCAAAAAUCUGAUUGCUACUAUUCCUGCCUUGGCCAAUUAGGGUAUGCCUCUAAAGAACUUGGGGACGGAAAUUGUAAUAGUGAAUGAGACACUCCUAGUUGUGGCUAUGACUUUGGAGAUUGCAGCUACUGUGGCACUGAGUGUAAAUUGCAUAUAGGUCAAGAAAAUCAACUAAAUGGAACUUGCAAUUCAGCAUGUAAUGUUCCUGGUUGCUAUUACGCAGAAAACGUAUGCCGAGAAUGCUCUCCAGGGUGCAAUUCAACAAUCUGAGGAGAUGGAAAUUGCGAUAGCGAAUGCAGCAAUUCUCAGUGUAAUUAUGAUAACGGAGACUGCUUAAACCUCACUUGCGCUGAAAAUUGCUUUAUUUGGAUGGUAGGAAACUCAAUUUGCGACCAAGCUUGCGAUAACGAAGAAUGUGAAUAUGAUAAAAAGGACUGUGGAUGUACACCAGAAUGCUCAAACAGUAUAUGAGGAGACGGGGUAUGCGAUGAAGAAUGCAAUAAUUUAGAUUGUGAGUUUGAUAAAGGAGACUGUGGACACUGCUCAAGUGGAUGCACCAUCGCGAAACUUUCAAACCAAAAAUGCGAUCCUGAAUGCAAUACUGCCAAUUGUGAGUGAGACUAUGGCAUUUGUGGGUGCUCUGAGUUUUGCGCGGUCGAGGACUAUGGGAAGUGCAAUCCUGAAUGCUUAGUAGGGGAAUGUAAUUAUGAUCAAAUGAGCUCAGAUUCUGAAAAGCGGUGCAAAAACCAGGAAUUGAUCUGGUUUACUGUUUAUCAGCAGAUAAUUAGAAAUGAUACCAGUUCAAUUGUAAGUUUUGAUGACUGCUGAGAGGCGUCUAGCCAUAAAUGCAAUCUCACUAUGGCUCUAGACAAAAAUGAAUGCCAUCCAGAAUGCUUUAUACCUGAAUGCAACUAUGGUCUUUGCCACACAAGCUCCUUAUCAGAUUGCCAAAGCAAUCUUCCUGCUGAUGCCCAAAAUCUCUGCAAUUUCUGCACUUUCUCCUCCGAAAUCUCAAGCUCUUCUUGUAGUUUAUGCUUAAAUAGCUCACUAUCAAGUUUAAAUUUAUUUGGAUUCUCUUUUUGCUAUUCAAAUCCAGAAAUAAAAACAUUUAUUCAUUACCCCGUGUCUUAUUUUACCUCUAAAGAACAUGAGGAUCAAAACAAUAUUCAUGGAAGUGGGACAAUUGAAGAUCCAUUUUUUAACCUAAAAACUCAUUUAAAAGCUUUUACAUCGAAUUGCAAUCUAAAAAUAUAUAUGCUGAUAAAUGAUGGAACCUAUAAAAUAGAUAAUGGAUGGAGCUUUCGAUUUUGCAAUCUCUACAUCUUUUCAUUGGAUGAAAGUAAGGUAACUUGAAAAAUUAAGGGAUGAUUUGCUUGAGAUGCGGUUCUUCAAAAAAAUGUUACAUUCGAAAAUAUUAUUUUUGAUGGGUCAGGCUUUAAUGAUGUCGACUGCACUGGCUUUGAAUAUUGCGAAUAUGUUUGAUACAGCACUUUUAUAGCUCAUACCCCUUUAUAGAUUUCUUUAUCGAGCAAAAUGUACUGGAUUAUUGAACGACCAAAACAGACUCUCUCAAAGAGAUGAGCUUAAUCUCUAUAUCAGGAAGUGUUAGAAAGUGCCAUGUCAAAAAAUGUUGACAAGUGUAAAAAGAGUUAACAAGCAAACGCGCCAAUUUUUAAAAAAAUGAAACUAAUAUAAAGCCCCAUUUAUUAAUUAAAAAUAUAAAAUAAAAUUUUUUUAAAAAAAAUAAAAAAUUUUUAAAUUAAAAAUAUUUUUAUAUUUUUUAAAAGAAUUAAAUAAUAAUUUUUUUGAAAAAUUAAAAAAUGCUUGACAUGAGUAAUUUGCAACUUUGCAAGUAAUCAUCAGCCUUCAAUGAGAACUUUGGCUUUUGGAACAGCAUUGGUUGUUACCAUACUGGUACAUUUAUAGGAAACUCUAUCCAUUCGCCUUGGCACAACUCGAUUCACAAUUUUGUGAUAAUUAAUAGUUUAAAGGAAUGACAUGAGACGUUAGCAAAUUUAUAAAGAGCCAUCACCCUUCAAUGGGAACUUUGGAUUUUAUAGCAAUAUUGGUCAUUAUUAUACUGGUACAUUUGUAGGAAAUUCUAUCCAUUCGCCUUGGCACAAUUCGAUUCUCAAAUUUUUGAUUUUUAAUAGUCUAAACUGCAUGACAUGAGUCAUAACAACUUUGCAAUGAACCAUCAGCCUUCAAUGGAAACUUUGGCUUUUAGAGUAGCAUUGAUUAUCAUCAUACCAAUACAUUUAUAGGAAAUUCUAUCCAUUCGCCUCGGCACAACUCAAUUCACAAUUUUUGAUUUUUAAUAGUUUAAAGGAAAUAAUAUAAGUCUGUAAUAACUUUAUAAAGAACCAACAGCCUUCAAUGGGAACUUUGGUUUUUAUAACAGCAUUGAUCAUUAUAAAGCUCUCCUACAUCUGUAGGAAAUUCUAUUCUAAUUGCCCGAGGAUGGCGCAAGAUAGCGCCAUCCUCGGGCAAUUUACUAUAUCCAUUCGCCUUGGCACAGCUCGAUUCACAAUUAUUUGAUUUUCAAUAUUCUAAAGUCCAUGACAUGAGUCGUUAACAACUUUGCAAAUAGUCAUCAGUCUUUAAUGGGAACUUUGGGUUUUAUAGCAGCAUUAAUUAUUAUAAAGCUCGCACAUUUGUAGGAAAUUCUAUCCAUUCGCUUUGGCACAACUCGAUUUACACUUUUAAAUUAUUAAAUAAUCAAAAAUAUUAAAUCAAUUAUAAUUUAUAUAUAGCGUUUAUUAUUUAUCUAUCUAUUAUCAUAAUAAAAUUAUGAUUAAUUCAUAAGACCUUUAAUAUAAGCUUUUUAAUUAUUAAUAAAUCCUAGUCUAAUUGGGAAUCUUAAAUUUUUAAAUUUAAUAAUAAGCCAUUUUUAAAAAUCGGCGCGCUUACUUGCCAACUUUAUUUUGCACUGUCACAAUUUUUUGACAUGGCACUUUCUAACACUUCCUGAUAUAGAGUUUAAGCUCAUCUCUUUGAGAAAGCCUGUUUUGGUCGUUCAAUAUUAUUAUUAUUAUUUUUACGGUUUUCGUCCAGCAUUUGGACCAACUUUCCCCUCAAAGUAUUUUCUAGUUUUAAAAAUUUCUCCAAUAAACUUUCCUUAUUUCUCCAUUAACUUUCCAAAUAUGUUCACUAUGUUUCAAACGCAUAAUUUUGUCAAACCUUCAACCAUUUGGUCGUUCAAUAAUCCAGUACAUUUUGCUCGAUAAAGAAAUCUAUAAAGGGUUAUGAACUAUAAUGAGACCGAUAGAUACUAUUAUAGCGACAGAGGCGAUCGAGUUUCUAUGUCUAACCCAACGCUUUAUGGAAAUGGUUGAAAUUCUAUGUUUAGGUGCGAAAAUUGCACGCUCACUCUUAGAAAUACAGACAUAAAGAACUGAAGAUUCCAAACGACAGCUAUUAUUAAGGGAGAGGGAAGUGUGAAAUUGAUUAAUGUUAAUUUUGACAAUUUCUGAGUAGAUUAUCAAGGAACUGCAGCGAUUUUGCUGAGCUCAUCAAGCUCAAAUAGCAACCCUGCUUUUACAUAUGUGGGAGGGCUUGUUUCAAGGCUAAAUAAUGGGUAUGAGUUCGGAGACCCUUGAGACUUUCGUGGAUUUUUGCAUGCAUCUGGCCCUUAUUCAGUUCGUAUAGAGAAUGUAGAUUUUAAGUAUAAUUUAGCCUACAGGAAGCCUCAAAGCAGUGUUUCAGAAGCUACACUAAUAUAUCUUGAAUCGCCUGCUACUGUUAAAUUGUCUAACUGCACUUUUAUGUACAAUUAUUUUGAAACUGGCUUAAUUCAGAUUUAUAUGUCUGUAUCAGCUAGCCAGUAUAAAGUCAAUGCAUCUGACUACAUAAAUUAUUUACUCCCCCCCCCCCCUCCGUGAGCGAACAAAAAAAUUUUGUUCGCUCACGGAGGGGGGUUAAUUUUUUUUUUUUAAAAAAAAAUUUUAUAUAUAAAUUUUAUAAAAAAUAUUUUUUUCGAAAUUUAAAAAAAUCCUAAUUUGCAAAAAUUGGGAAGCAAAUAUUAAUUUAAUUUGCAAAAUUUAUGUUUUAAAAACGCAAUUUGUUUAAAAUUAAACAGAAUUAGCUCUAGAUUUCAUUAUACUAAUUAUCACUUAUAUAUCAAAAUUUUUUUUCCAUUAAAAUUUUUUUCUAUUAAAAAAAUUUUUGUUCACUCACGGAGGGUGGGUUUUUGGUCAAAAAAUGGCGAUUUUUCUAAUGGUUUUGUUCGCUCACGGAGGGGGGGGGGGAGUUAGAAUUAAAUCAUAUUGUAUUUGAAGGCUUAACAUUUAAAUCGAACUAUGCAGAUUCCAGCUUCAUUUAUAUUCACUAUUCAAAUUAUCUCUUGAACUUUGCGCUUCAAGACAUAUCGUUUGAACUGAAUGGAGCUCUUGAAGGUCCUUUAAUUAAUUUAGAUAACUAUGCAAUGCUGGAAGAGUACAAAAGAUGAACGACAAAGCAAAUCACAAAUCAGUUCGGAAAAGUUAUCAACGCAACAAUUGCGCCAAGAUGAUGCAAAAUAAAAAAUCUGAAUUUCACAAAAAAUUACGCUCAAGGCAUGUUUAAAGCAGGCUAUAUGGCAAAUUUUUUAAUUAAGGAUGCCAUUUUUGAUGCUAACGGGUCUUCAGAUGAUAGCAACAAUAUAAACACGCUGGUUCUUGAUUACUUCGUGAAAAACGAUGAUAUAUAUAUCAGGAAAGAAAAGGAAUCUCCAGGGUCAAUUGACUGCGAAUGACUGGCUUCGAUUUCAAACUCAUACAGCUUGGAUAUUUCAUUUAUUAAUUUAACUAACAAUAUAUGUAGAGCCUCUUCCCCAACCUUCAGCAUUGUUGAGUCAGAUACCAAAGAAAUCACCUCAAUCAAUUGUGACUCAAACUACGGAGAAGGAGCUGCCCCAACUUGCCUGCUGAUUACAGGGGCAUUUGAGAGGAAUUUAGCAAAAUCAACAUUUUCCAACAACCAAAAUACUUAUUUUUCAGGAAAUGGAGCCAUUCAAAUAAAAGAUAGCCAAAGCUCGUCCAUCAUUAAUUGCACAUUCUUCAACAAUACUGGUAAUAUUGGAGCUGCAGCUAGCUUUUCAGGAAUGGACUUAUUAAUCGAUUCGUCAACAUUUGACUUGAAUUCUUCUCCAAGUGGCUAUGGAGUAUCAAUCUAUACUUUGUUUUCAGAAAGUUCAGAUCAGAAAUUGUUUAAGGUCUCUUCAAGUACCUUUGCAAAUGGAUUUGGGCUGAACGGAGGCGCCAUCUAUAUAGCGCAAGCUUUAUCCCAAAAUUCUAUUGAAUUAAUAAUUUCUGAUUCGCUAUUUAGUGGAAAUGCUGCCUCUUAUGGCUCUUCAAUUUAUUUAGAUAGAUCAGUUUCACUUCAUAGCUCUUCAAAUGUAAUUGAUUGCCAGUUCCUUGAAAGCCGAGUCGGGGUUUCUGGCUCUAUAUCUUUAUACAACUCUGGGACCUUGAAAUUUAAGGACUGUAAAUUUAUCAAGAACGCAGGUCCAAAAGGGGCAGCUUUUUAUGCCAAUUUCAGAAAUUCUACGAAUUCGAAGCUUAUUUUCGAUUCCUGCACAUUUGAAAAUAAUCAAGGGGAUUCAAUUGUCUUUUCUGACAACCCAAGCAGUUCUACGCAAAUUGUGACUCAAUUUUGCACUUUUGAAUAUAAUACUGGAAGCAUGUUUUAUAUAAUUUUUGACUCACUAUCUGAUACAGGCUCAAUUUUUCGCCAUAACUCUGCCGAUUCUUCUUGCAUCCACCUUCAAAAUUCUGCCAAUCUUGAAUUAAUCUCAACUUUGUUUUUAAAUAAUACAAGUAGUUCGAUGGGAGGAGCAAUUUCUCUAAGGUCAAAAUCUUAUCUUACUUGCAGUUUUUGCACUUUUACAGCAAACUUAGCCCAAAGUGGUUUUGGAGGUGCUUUGUAUGCAGAGGAAGAUUCUGUGCUGAAUAUUUCAUAUUCAUUAUUUUCGAAAAAUGUAGGUGAAAGUGAUGGAGAUGCCAUUUAUAUAUUUAAUGCCAAAAACUCAACAAUUAGCUCAAGUAAAUUUUUUGAUCAUCUUUCCAAAGGAAGUGUCAUUUACUUGAUGAGCUCAGAUUUAGAAGUUUCAUUUUCUCGUAUAUAUAAAAACAGUUCUCCUGGAAUUAAGCUCAUAAUGUCAACUAUCAAAAUAGAGAGUUCUGAGAUUACUGACCAGGUAUGCACACUGGGCUGCUCUGUUUGCGCAACUUUGGAAAGUCAGGUGCAUAUUAUAAAUUCUAAAUUGCAUGAUGGUAAUUCAACUAAAGGAGGAGGAGCUAUAUAUUCAAGUCAGAGUUCCAUUUACCUUCAAUCUUCGUCAUUUAGUCAGCUCAUUUCUGCCUCUGGAGCUUCAAUCUAUGUAGCCUACGACAGCAAUUUAGAAAUUAAAGACUGUCAAUUUUUAGACAUAAACUCUUUUUUAGAUGGGAUCAUCUAUGCAUAUCAAGCCUCAAUCUUAAUAGAAAAUUCUUAUUUUAAUAGCUUUAUAGGUUCUGGCCUAUAUGGCAGCCAGCUAACAAGUCUAGAAAUAAAAGACUCCCAUUUCACAGCAGGGAAUGGGACUCUGGGAGGAUCUGUCUACUGCUUAAAUUGCGAGGCAAUUUACCUUACAGAUUGCUCCUUUACCGAAAAUUAUGUAGAUUCUUUAGGUGGGGCAUUAUAUAUAGCAACAGACAAUGGAAAUACGAAAAAAAGCAGCUGUGAAAUAAGUAAUUGCUUAUUUGAACGCAAUACUGGAGGAGCAGGAGGGGCUAUCUAUGUAAAGGAUAUCACUUUGGCGAUUACUUCAUCUCAAUUUACAAAUAAUAAAGCUGACUUUUUAGCCUCAGAAAAAAAAAACUACGGGCAGGCUGGAGGAGUUUAUAUGAGCUGUUCCAAUGCAAAUUAUUGCGAUUUUAAAUUAUAAGAGUUUUCCUUAUAUGGCUCAAUAAGGGCUUUGGGUUCUCCGUGGAAUCCCUCUGUUGGUCAAACCAACUCAGUGCGUUGGUUUGACCAAUUCACUGGUUGGUUCAACCAGCAGAGGGAUUCCUCGGAGAGCCCAAGGCCCUUAUUGGGGCAUAUAGGGAAAACUCCUAUAGAAUCUUGCGACUUAACCGAAAAUUCAGCCAGUCUUAAUGGAGGUGGCAUAUACUUUGAUAAUGAAGAGCCUAGCUUAAAGAAUAACAUCUUCAAAGAUAAUUCUGCAAUUUAUGGGAAGGAUGUGGCUUCAUACCCAGUCAAACUCAUGGUAGCAAAUGAGGAUGGAACACUAGCUGAAAAUUUCAAUGGAAGGGCUUUGAGUCAAAUCCCCAUCUCAACCUUUAAUUUAACAGACGUGGCUUCAGGCCAAAAAAGUCCCAAACCUCUACUUAUUGCUUUGGUAGAUACUUUCAAUCAAAUUGUAAGCUCUGAUAGUGAGAGCAUUGGAGAAAUAGAACCAAUCUCUUCAGCUAUAGUUGAUGGAAUUAUAAAAGUAACUGCAGUGAACGGGAUUUUCAACUUCUCGUCAUAUACAGUUUCUGCAGAGCCAGAAACAGAUGUUCAAAUUAAAGUGUUUUCGUCAAGUAUCGAUAUAUCAAAAGCACUGGCCUCAGACAGCUCAUCAAGCCAGUCUUUAUACAUCAACGCUAAAAUGAGAAGCUGCAGAACUGGCGAAGUUAAGACAGGGAACCUAUGCAAAGUAUGCCCUCAGGGCUAUUACAGCUUAGACACAUCCUCAACUGCAUGCUUGGCUUGCCCUGCUGCAGCUGUGUGCUAUGGGAGCUAUAGAAUGUCUCCAAAGUCUGGGUACUGAAGAGAUAACCCAUAUACAGAUCAGUUCUGGAAAUGCCCAAAUCCUUCUGCUUGUCUUGGAUCCCCUGAUGCAGAUAAAGUCUCCUAUACUGGGGUUUGCAGCAAAGGUUACAAAGGCAACAAAUGCCAAUCUUGCCAAGAAAAUUACUCUAGAUCAUUAAGUAGCAGGUGCAAAGAAUGCCCGUCCUUAGCAUUGAAUAUCUUCAUAAUAGUCGCCAUUUUUUGCUUGUUUAUCAUUAUAGCUUUCUUACUUGUGAGAUCCAUAAUCAAGUCAGCUUUAAAACCCACAGCUCUAGCGCCAGUAUACCUCAAAAUUUUUUUGAAUUACAUACAGUUGGUAAAUAUUGCUUCCAAUUUUGACUUGAACUGACCUUCAGAAGUGAUAGAACUAUUUUACGUCCAAAAUGGAGUCGACUAUGUUUAUCAGCAAAUCUAUUCCUUUGAGUGCCUUUUGAAAGAAGAUCAUGGAAGCGAUACCUAUUUCAAGACGUUGAUAAUUAUCGCAGCAUUUCCAGCAAUUGCAUUUUUCAUAGCCUUUAUUAUAUGAAUUUUCAUUAAAGCAGCUCAGAAAUCACAUAAAAACUUUUGAGAUGAUUUUAUAUCGACCUGCAUCAUUAUUUUGUUCCUCAUACACCCAACAAUUGUAAAAAAAUUGCUUGGGUCUUUUAACUGCACAGAAAUCAACUCUGGAGAAUUUUGGCUUAAAGAAGAUCUUAGCAUAAGAUGCUGGGAGUUAAGACAUGUCUUUUAUAUUUUAGCUGUUACCAUCCCUGCUUUAAUUGUAUGAGGAAUUUUUUUCCCUGUAAUAUGCCUAAUAAACAUUAUAAGGCAGAGAAAAAUGCUAGAGCAUGUCAAUGUCAAGCUAAGGUAUGGGUUUCUUUUUAGAGGAUUUAAGCCAAAGCAAUAUUUUUGGGAGUUUGUUAUUUUAUAUGGCAAGCUUCUCUUAGUUUGCUGCUCGGUUUUUCUGACGGUAGUAAAUAUAAAAAUUCAGGCACUUAUUGCUGCAGCCUUAUUGCUAUUAUUUUGGGAUCUCCAAUAUGAAAACAAGCCUUAUAUCGAAGAUAGCUUAAAUAAUACAGAGCUAGCCGCAAAAACAGUAUGCGUGAUCACAAUUUUCAGUGGAUUAUUUUAUUUGACCGGCUCUCUGGGGGAUACUGCGAAAACCAUUUUAUUCAUUUUUAUAUUUAUCGCAAAUAUAUAUUUUGUGGCUUAUUGAUUCUUCAAGUUAUUUAAAUUUAGCAUCCCAAUUAUAAUUGAAAAGAUAAAGAAAUUAUUUAAAGGUACUAAAGUAAUGCCUAUUUCAAAUCCCGAAGUCAUCAAUCAGCCAGAAACUUUGAAAAAUGCCAGCAGAAAUCAAAAUUUUUCUAUUUCUUCAAUUGAAAGCUUGCAGCUUAAGACCCUAGAUUUGCAUUAUGCAGCAGAACAAGAAAGCUUACCAGAAAACUUUGAUCAAGAAAAACCCUUUAAAAGUGCUUUGACUCCCAACCAAAGUCAUGGAGAAAUUGGUGAUUUCUCAAAUUUUGAAUGCGUUUAUCGUUAA